AUGAUACCAGUAUCUUCCAGGCAGUCUUCUAUCAGUGUUGCAGUCCGUGUUCGCCCCUUUACUCCUGCAGAAGAAGAUAAACUAGUACGAGAGAGCCACGUACCUUUAUUCGUUGGCGAUGGUCUGCUUCAAGGCACAGCUACCGACGAGCAAAAGGCGUCGCAGGGUCCCAAAGGGCUCCGAAAGAUCGUGAAAGUUGUGGAUGACAAAAUGCUCAUUUUUGAUCCUCCAGAUACGAAUCCUCUCAGCAAGAUGCAGAAGAAUGCUUUUCCCAAUGGGAAGGGCCGAAUAAAAGAUUACAGAUUCGUGUUUGACCGCUUGUUUGAUGAGCAUGCUACACAGAAUGAAGUGUACGAGAGCACCACAAAACCCCUACUUGAUAGCAUUUUGGAUGGCUUCAAUGCAACUGUCUUCGCAUAUGGCGCUACAGGAUGUGGAAAGACACACACGAUUCUGGGUACGCCGGAAAACCCUGGAGUAAUUUUUUUGACCAUGAAAGAAUUAUAUGAAAGGCUACAUGCUCUCAGUGAUACAAAAAUUGUGGAUGUCUCCAUACUGUUCUUAGAGAUAUACAACGAGACCAUACGAGAUCUUUUGAACCCAGAAACAUCGCAUAAAAAACUUGUGCUUCGGGAGGAUUCCAGCAAGAGAAUUGUUGUUUCCAAUUUGCUGUCGCGGCUGCCUAGCUCUGUGGAAGAAGUAAUGGAAAUCAUUAUGCUUGGCAAUCUGAACCGAACAUGCUCUCCAACAGAGGCCAAUGCUGCAUCAUCUCGAUCUCACGCUGUUCUCCAGAUUAAUGUUGUGCUGCGUGAUAGAACUGCGAGUCUAAGCGAAGAACACACAUUUGCUACAUUGUCUAUCAUUGAUCUCGCUGGCAGCGAGCGGGCAGCUGCCACUAAGAACCGUGGAGCAACUUUGAACGAAGGUGCUAACAUAAACAAGUCCUUGUUGGCCCUUGGAAACUGCAUUAAUGCAUUAUGCGAUCCUCGGCGGAAGAACCAUGUCCCUUACCGCAAUCUGAAAUUGACUCGUCUCUUGAAGUUUUCCCUAGGUGGAAACUGCAAAACCGUUAUGAUUGUCUGCAUCUCCCCCCUGUCCCAACAUUAUGAUGAAACAUUAAACACGUUGAAAUACGCAGACAGAGCUAAAGAUAUCAAGACAAAGCUCGUUCGAAAUCGCCAAAACUUGGACAGGCAUGUCGGCUCUUACCUAAAAAUGAUAACGGAACAGAAACAGGAAAUCGAGGAACUUAGACAACGAGAAGCCACUGUUGUUCAAAAUGCAAUCAAGCAACACGAUUCUUCGUUGAAAAAAUGUAUGACUGCCAUUACCAAGAAUAUUCAGUCUCUCAAAUCGAAUUUGGAUAAACAAGUGCACGAGAAAUGGCGAAAAUAUUUCCAGUUGGCGAAAAGGAAAUUGCUUCUAUUGCAGAGUAACGACCUCAGCAUCAUGAUUGAUCAUCUUCGUGAGAUUACUAAUAACAAAAACAUCUAUGAGGAGUUUCACGAACUAAUACCCACUAUAAAACGAAUCUUGGUCCAAAGCGAGCAGCUCAACAACAAAUGCAGUGAGCAGAUCAUCAACCUUGAACGGCAAUACGACACUCCUUCCGAAAUAGAUGAGAUCCUUAAAAGUUCCACUCAGCACACACUUGAAAGAUUGAAAGAAAUGGAUGGAUGGUCUGACGAAUUUACAGACAUAUUCCACCAAUUAAUCGAGGCGCUUAAAGAUCGACUCCAGAAGGACUUUUUGGUCAACUCAUCAAUCCUCUUUGACUAUUUAAUUGGAGCCACUAACGAUUACAAUUACAUACCGAGGGGCCUUUCACGACUAGUCCAGUCCCUUAUUGCCAAAAAGGAAGACGAAGAAACCACGGGAGCAGCAGCGAUAUUACACGACAUUCGUAAUAUACUCGAGCGAAUGAAUGACACAGAUUACGAUGCUGCAGUAGAAGAAGCCACUACCCAUUUUAUGCAUGUCAAGGCCGAAUUAGAGGAACAGAGGUCACGAGUAGACAUGGCUGCGGGGUUUUCUGAGCUGACCCCUCAACUCCUGAACAGACAAAGAGAUAAACGUUUCUCCACGUCUCCUUUGCGAUCUUCAAGAGCAAUCAAGAAGUUGUCUAAAUUCCCAUCAGGCUGGAAUGCUGGGUCUAAUGCUGAAAGUGACAUAAGCAUGGAUGAUUCCACCAUUGGCCGCAGUGAUCUUGACGAAGACUCGCCCAUGAGUAAUCGCAUAAUAGAAAAGUCCUUGCUCGACACAUUGGACUUGAAUCACAAUGUACAAUCACCUCCUUCAAAGGCAAUUACUAAAGCCGAUAGGAAGCUGCGCAUGCCGGCCCUCACAGAAACGAAACUAUCGACGCAUGGUCUGCAUGAUAUGCUUGCGAAACUUCCACUCCUUAAUAAACAGGCCAGUACGAAGAUCGUGCACAAUGAAAUAAUAAACACGAGGGACACGUUUAAUUUCCCAGCGAAAGCAGUCGACACCCCUAUUUCGCCUACAAUUGCCCAUCACUUGCCUCGCCACGAAUUCAACAAUAACGAAUAA